AUGGUUCGAGGGCAAACCAUUGUCAUACCUGUAGAAUGCCAUUAUAAAAGGAAGCAGAGAGUCCAUGGAGAACCAAUAGCACCAACCUGGGUUCCAAUGACUUCUACCAUUGGGGCUUUUGACCUUCUACAUUUCUCCCUUUCCAUAAUGACAAAAAGCUGCACCUCUCAUCGCAGUUCCUCAGUUUACCAGCAGGGGGAAGCAGGGUUUUUGGAGGCCCGUGUAGAGGUGCCGCUGCAUCCUUCCCUCACUCUUUAUGUUGACUCCUGUGUUGCUACACUGAAGCCAGACCUUCUCUCACGGCCGAGAUACAAGUUUAUCUCCAACCAUGGAUGCAUGAUGGACAGUUUACUGCCAGAUUCUUCCUCCAGAUUCCUGCUUCGGGAUCAAGCUAACAGACUUUGCUUCAGCUUCAAAAUGUUUAAUUUCAACCAAACAUCUCCAGAGCAGAUGUUCAUAAGCUGCCAUCUUAGAGCCACUUUGAAACAAAAGUCUCCAAGCCGUCAUAAUAAAGCCUGUUUCUUCCACAAACCCAAAUUCAGAUGGCGGUCCAUAGAGGGAGACAGCGCUCUGUGUGAAUGCUGCAACACUGACUGCUCAGGACUGGCUGGAGUGAAGAACCACGGCCAUCCAGAGACAGAUGAGACGUUUGAGGCCCGCAGGACAGCUGGACCUCUUCAUGUUGUGCAUCAAGCCUACUGGACCGGAGAGCUUUCAGUCAGUUGAAAAAACUACUCCAGAUCCAGAGUUUGGUUGGUUUUGAGGAUCCCAGAUUGAACAACCUUCCCUCAUUCCCAACCAGGAGUCAGUGAGACUGGACACCCCCAGCCCCCGCAUCCCUCACCUCCCAC